AGAACAAUGCUUCAAGACCACACAAGCAGUCCUGGUCGUCAAAGGCCCAAAGCCACACAAAUUAGUUGCAGAAUCAAGACGAAGAAGAAAACCCAAUCCAGCCAGCAAGAGAAGAAAAGCCAGAGAUAGUGAAGAUGCAGAGUCUCCCAUUCGAAAUAAUAAAAGACAUCCUUUCAAGACUACCCGUCAAAUCUCUCAUGCGAUUCAGGUGCGUCUCCAAAGACUGGCGCUAUUUAAUUCAUGAUCCCUUUUUCAUUUCCCAGCACCUCAAUCGAUCAUCUGAGAAAAACCCUGGUCUCUGCCUCGCUGAUGGCCGUUUCUUCACCAUAAUUCUUGAUGGGUCAUCUACUGCAACGAGGGUUGAUAUUCCAUUUCAGGGUCUAGUGGAUCGUGUUGAAAUCUUAGGUUCUUGUAAUGGGUUGUUAUGUUUAUUUGUUGCUGAGCGUUUAUCUGACUGGUAUCGUCACAUUAACCCUAUAUACUUGUGGAACCCUGCUAGAAGAGAAUACAGGAAGCUUCCUGAUGCCCCCUUUUCGUCCCCAAGAAUUUGGGGUAUUAGUACUACUGUGUUAGGGUUUGGGUAUGAUUCCAUUAAUAAUGAAUACAAAGUGGUAAGAAUUAUUUACUUCUGCGAGAGAGGGAUGGACAGACUUAUUCCUAAGUCUGAUGUAAGGGUAUACUCCUUGGCGAGUGUGAAAUGGAAGAAACUUGGAAAUGCCCCUUUUGAAAUUAGGGACACUUCAUCAAAAGCUGUAUUGAAUGGAUUUAUUCAUUGGAUGGCUACUCGGAAGAUCAAAUCACAAAUGUUGGAGUUAAUAGUUUCUUUUGAUGUGCGAAAUGAGGUGUUCCGAGAGAUACACCUCCCCAAUGGUGUAGGAGGGGAGUGUUCCAAUUUUGUUGCAGUAUUGGGAGGAUGCCUGUCUUUGAUUGAGUGUAUCCAUGGAAGUUAUGUUGAGAUAUGGGUGAUGAAGGAUUAUGGCGUGAACGGGUCUUGGACUAAACAGUUCACCAUUGAAUUGUGUUCAUAUGGUUAUGGAGGCUCUAUAAAAAAAUUGCCUAUAGAAAUUUUGAAGAGUGGUGAGAUUCUAAUUGAGAAGAAUUCCCAAAAGCUGGUUUUAUAUAACCCUGAAAGCAAAGGAGAGAGAGACCUUGGAAUUCAUGGGCUUCCGGAUCAAUUUAGCUUGUUUAUUUUCAUGGAGAGUCUCGUUCCACUUUCUGUUGGAAGCACAUAUGAGGAGCAUCAAUAGGGGAAGAAAAUGGGAUGAGGAAGUAAAAAUAAUAAGCAUUUGUGAAUGCAAGCCCUGUUCUUCAAUGCCAUCUUCUAAUUCUUCAUUACAAAUCUUUUAUUGUGUAGAGUUUUCCAACUUCAUUUAACUCUUUUGUGAGUAUAGUUAUUGGCGUGUGCUAUAUCAACUUGUGGUGUCUAUAAUUGUGGUUCUCUGUCAACUAUGUUUUCCUUUACGAAGUACAUCUCUUAUGCAUCAGCUUAAUUCAUUUUUCUUGCUUUUUUAGUUACUCUUCAAGCACUAUGUC